AUGGGAGUUCGCGGUCUCACAACGUUUAUAGCAGGCAACGCAGAAUUGUAUUUGAAACCUUACGAGUUGCGUGAUACAAAUCUCGUCAUCGAUGGUGAUAAUCUUUGCUUGCAACUGUACCAAAAAUCACAGCUCAAAUCAACACCGUUGGGCGGGAACUACGAUAUUUAUUAUCGGACCGUGGUAGACUUUUUCGCAUUGCUUAAACUAGCGAACGUUGUUCCUUACGUGCUGCUGGAUGGUGGGUACGAGCCGCGUAAAAUGUCCGUCGUUCGGAAUCGUAUGUGGAAAAAGAUUCAAGUAAUUAAGAACUUUAGCACAGCAUCAAUCAUGGUGACGAUGCCGCUGAUGCUGCGUGAAGUAUUCGUUGACGCGUUGCAAUCAGAAGGGAUUCAUUUUAUGAGGUGUGCAUUCGAGGCAGAUGACGAAGUUGCUAUCCUAGCGAGGAAACUCAAUUGUCCGGUUUUAAGCUAUGAUUCUGAUUUUUACAUCUUCGACGUGCAGUACAUACCGUACGUAACGUUAACGCACAAGGUCUACCGGAAAGUCACCGAUAAAGGUGGAGAAAAUUUUAAGAUUGGAAUUAUACAGCGAAACCAAUCGAAAAAAACCCAACGUCGCUCUAAGGGAAUCAAAUUCGUAGCGCAGUGUGGAGACGAGGACAUUGUUGAAGGCGCAGAAACUGAAGCUUACUCCUACAUAGAUUGCUGCAUAUACACGAUCGACAACUUGAUUGCACCGUAUGAUCAGUUAAGCAAGGAUAUGAUUCCUUUAUUCGCAGUAUUGCUCGGAAAUGAUUACAUUGAGCGAUCGGUGCUGGCUCCUUUCUACGAAGUAAUUUGUACUGGCCGUGUAAACCGAAAGAUUAAUCGGUACGAGCGCCGGUUGAAGGUGACGCUUAAAUGGCUACAGCAUCAUACGCUCCAGUCGGCUACGCGAGCGAUCAUCAAGCACAUCAAAGGUGAACAUAAGCAGACAGUUUAUCGGCGGAUCCUGACCGCCAUGCGCGGUUAUAAUUGCGAAAACUGCACAUCAUUACAAUAUUUCGGCCUUCAGGAUGUCGCCUCGAGUGAAACACUGGAGGAUGACGAUGUUGAGAUUGAUUUGCACAAUUGCUUGGGAAACGCUGAUGGGCCAGACGAGGAGUGUCCCGAUUUUAGAGACGUUAGUUUUCUGGAUAAUGAACAAGCUGUUGGAGAUGGAGAGGAUGCAACGCAAUCCCAGGAUGAAGAUAUCUCUGAUGACGGGCUGUCGCAAAAAUCUGCCGAUUGUUCCGAAAACACGGAUGAUGAUACAGAAGCUCGAAAUUCGGAAAAGAAUCAUUCAUCAGGUGAAGAAACCAAUGCAGAUGAUGGAGCGCUGGUUCAGCCAAGUACGUUCAGAAAUAAGCACACGGAUAUGAACUGGCCGACAUGGUUCAAGGAGAUCUAUCGAUCAGCGAAAGUUCCCCGGUUUUUAGUUGAUUUGCUACAUUCGAAUUUUUAUCUCAACUACCCACAAAUAGAGGACAUUAACCAGCCGGAUAGUAACGCAAUUAGCUAUCCGAUUUUGCGAACUAUAUUUGCAAUCCUCAAAACAAGUUUCAAAACAACGAGGACCGAGUUCACGUACACCACAAGAAGGGUAAAGCGGAGCGGAUCGAGAAAGGUUCUGUUUAAAGAAGUACGCUUACCAGAAGGAGUCACUUUCGUGCCAAAUGCGGCAUCAAACGUUAAGGUGAUGCAAAAGCUAUUCGAGGAGUGCGGCAUCCAGGAAUGGCGCGAGCUGUUCCAGUCCGUCGACAAGAAUGUCCCGGCCAACUUAAGGCUUUACUUUUUAGCAAUAAUUUACUGGGUAAAAAACUGUCCCAAUGUAAAUCUAGCCCAUGUGCACGCUGUAAUUGUGUGCAUGUUGCAGCUGCAAAUCAUAGACAAGGCAUUAAAGAACCAAAACCGAGAUGUGCAACUUUUCCGCCAGCAGAACCAGUCAUUUCUGGACCAGGAGCGAACAGCGAGUAAAACAUCGCUGAAGAAGACUGAAAAUCAGCAAUCUACAGCAAUGUUUGGACGGGCUUUUUACAAACAGCUCAGCUGUAAUACCCCACGAUCGGAGCUAAUGCUCGCCUACGAUAGCCUUGUGGAGCAUUUUGCUUUGAGCGAGAAAAAGUACGACAAACGAGCGACUUUCGACGUCGCCACCUUGCACACGUUGGCCUGCUUCCAGUCGGUUUGCUACAAUCUGUAUGCUCUGGUUCCAGUGUUGGGCUAUCCGUUCGAAAACCUUCGCAUGCAUGCGCUGUAUAACAGCCUGUUCGCUUACAACGUGUACAACUCGAUCAAUGCCCGUAAGAAUUUGCUCGAGCAUGCCCGAACAACCGUCUUCCAAUACUCGCCCACGCUUUUCACCGCCCUCCGCGUGAUGGUGGAGUUCGUCGAGAAGUAUCUACCAGAGCUGGCAAACCGAUCACGUGCGCUGAAGACUAGAAUCAGGAGCUCGAAGAGCAAAUCAUCGGAAUUUUCCACCCGCUCCGUAAAAAGUGCGCCGGUUCCGUUGGCAAACGACUGGGAAACGAAAGCCGACACGAGCGACAGCGGUGGGGAGGGGUUCAUUGACGAGAACAAUAAAUUUAGUCAACUUUUGUUAGCUAUUUGA